UCUGUAAUGAAAACUUCCUGUUAGCAGACCGCUGUGUCUGUGCUCAUACAAUCUGGCUGUUAUUGUUUACGGUCAGACUAAUAUAAAGUAGGUCAUGGGAAAAGGAAGCGGAGCUAGCCCCUCAUUCAGCGGUCGUGUAUGAGCUGCCGAACAUUAGGUAUGUCCGAGGGAACAUCGUCUCUGUGUGCUGUCAAUGAUUUUGCUUGAACGCUGGUCGUCGACAACAGGCAGCUGGACUAAACCUGAGCUGACAGACAGGAUCUCACAUUGGAGCGACUGGUGCUGCCAUGUCCAGAAGAAGCAGGAACAGCCGUGCAUGGCGAUAUGUCUGGGGUGGAAUACGACGGGAUGCUGAUGCUCGGGCUCUUGUCUUGGCCUCUGAGAGUGAAGACUGGAGCUAUGAUCGCCUGGAGUACAGUGAUUCCGACUCUGAGGCGGACUUUUCAGCAGUAAUGGUCCCUCCAGUGCCCAGUGCAGUGCCUGUUACUGGUGAGUCCUACUGUGGUUGUGAUUCCCAGGCUGAGACCAACUACAACCCACAUCUCCGAGGCUUCCACCAAGUUAAAGACUGCCACUGUGGAGAGGACGACCAAGAGUUUGACUGGGUUUGGGACGCCAACAGUCGAUCAACAGCAACGUUACUUAGUUGUGACAAUCGCAAAGUGAAUUUCCACUCCGAGUACAGCUGUGGUACAGCAGCAAUCCGUGGUUCCAAAGAACUAGCAGAAGGGCAGCACUUCUGGGAAAUCAAGAUGACAUCCCCAGUGUAUGGAACAGACAUGAUGGUGGGCAUCGGUACUUCUGACGUCAACCUGGACAAAUACAGACAUACAUUUUGCAGCUUACUUGGAAAAGAUGCAGACAGCUGGGGCCUUUCUUACACUGGCUUGUUGCACCAUAAAGGAGACAAGAUGAACUUCUCUUCCCGGUUUGGACAGGGUUCUAUCAUUGGAGUCCAUUUGGACACGUGGCAUGGCACACUGACAUUCUUCAAGAAUCGAAAGUGUAUAGGUGUUGCUGCCACAGAGCUCCAAAACAAGCGGUUCUACCCAAUGGCCUGCUCCACGGCAGCAAAAAGCAGCAUGAAGGUGAUCCGGUCCUGCUCUGCACCCACCUCCCUGCUCUACCUUUGCUGUGCUCGCCUUCGCCAGCUGCUGCCGGACUGUAUAGACACCCUGGACGUGCUGCCUCUACCACCAGGCCUUCGUCAGUUACUGCACAACAAACUGGGUUGGGUGCUCAGUCUGAAUAGUGGCAGCACAGAGGAAACUCCAGAUGGCUCUGAGAGGCCUUCUCACUUACCCGUCCCUCCUUUGGCUGGACCGUCCUCCUCUGAAAGCGACUCAGAGGGCUGCACCUCAGACCCCGAAGCCUCUCAGAGGAAGAGAUGCCGCUGGACAUGACUGGACAGCCAAAUUACUACCUCCUCUUAAACACUGGCAGACAUUAUUGUCCUGUGACAACUAUCCGAGCGUUACCGACCUGCCUCAAGCUUCCCUCGACAUAAGUGUUACCCAGUAAAAGAACGUCUCUAGGCUGAGAUGAGGGAGGUGAUAAACUGACUGCAGGUUUUGUGCCUGCACGUUUUUACUGUGAUCUUUCUUGCCAAUCAGAUGUCUUCAUGCUCAUCAGACGCUAGUAUCCAAACCAGCUUUAGUAACAAGUGAAAAAAGAUAUGGUGUUGUUCUGUUACUCAGCAUAUUUAAGUGCAAAUUUGUUGCCAUGCAUGAAUGGGGUUGACUAUAUACUGUAACACUGAGGUCAAGUAUGGCUGCAUUUUGCUGGUCAUUAGGUUUUGGAAAUGAGACUGUAAACUACAUUCUGUGUUCUCAUCCUGUAUGCAAAUAAUGUAUAUUGUUACCAGUCUAAUGCGACUAAUGCAUUAUUGAAGUAGUCUGUUACUUGCUGGCAUCUGCUGUUUUUUUUAAUUGCAUAAGUAAGUAUCAGUGGAACAAUAGGCUAUUUAUUAACUCCCCGCACAUCUUGGCUCUGAAGUUUAAACUUUCAAAUAAUUCAGAUGGAUUAGCAACUUAAAAGAAACAGUAGAAUAAAAGUAAAGUAACUUGGUUGUGCUUUACAAGCUUUUAGUCCUUCGAAGGUAAAAAAUAGUUUUUUAAUUCUUUGUUUUCAAACUAGUUCAUCCAGGUCAAAUUUUUCAGCAGACAUUUUUUUUUCUCAAGACGCCUAUAUGUUUCAUUUGUGAAAAUGCUUGCUUCUUUUUGUAGAAGUUGUAUGAAUUUCCUUUUUUUUUUUUUUUAAAUGUAAGAACUGACAUUGAGAUACAUGCAUCUCUCAAAUGAGACUGCCACUGAUUUUCUGUAAUAUUUCAUUAUGUGUUUUUUAUGUUUUAACAAAAUAUGAAAAGAGCAGUUUUAAUGCCACAUUUUUGUGCUAAUCUGUUUAUGCAAUGGUUCUUUUGGGCUUUCACAUGCUUUGUACCACCCUUUCUGUUACCAGCUCUCAUUCAUUAAGGUCAUUUUCUAAAUAUGGUCAGCCCCUGUUGGCAUUAUCAUCAUUGAAAGCAAUUAUCUGAAUCUAGUUGAUUCUAGUGAAUUUUGUUUCUCUGAAAAACUUGGAGCUUGAUUGUUACUGACUAAAUUCCACCCAAACACAACCUGUAAAUGGAAUGAAAACAUGUUACUGCCACCUUUAAGUCUGCAGGGGCUGUGUUACAGGUAUUAACUGAUAUAAUUGGCUGUUUAUCAGGUAAUAAUGAUUAAUAUGGGAGCUAAAGACCUGGGUCAGACCUUACAUGUAAAUAAAUCGUACUUUUAGUUGUCAAAUAUCAAACCAUGACAUUACGUACACAACUUCUGCAUUAAUAGUAUUUUACCAAGGUCUGAAAGUUAACACCAGAUGCCAACUACUGCCUCUGAUCUCAUCUUUUCCUUAUGGUCUUAGUUUAGGGAGACCUGAAACACAUUUAAAAGGUACUAUGCAAUACAAGAGUUUUCUGUGGUGAUGGUAUUCUGAAGAAAUUUGAGAUUUAGGAGGCAUAGGCAAGACAACAGUAGUAGUUUUACCAGAGAACCAUGGUCUUUUUUCUUAAACAUUCAGUAAUUUAACCACCAAGAUGUAUUCAUUGUCCAACAGAUGCAUUUCUUGUCUUUAUUCACAGUAUUUGUCUUCACAUUGAUGCAUUCAAGCACUUUUUUCUUACUAUUAUACUGUAAAUAGUAAAUUCUAAAUGUUUCUUCUGUACCAUGUCAUAUUAAUAAUACUGUAUGUAAAGGCCUUUCUGUUUAACUGAUCAGCAUGAUUUUCAGCUGAAAAUAAAAUGAAUGCUAAAUAUGUACAAA